AUGGUUGCUUGGAAUCAAGAUGGAGGUCAAUAUGAUGACCAAUUGACAAACUUCACAUCAAUUGAAGAGUCAACAACUACUACAACAUCAACAAACAACAAUAAUAAUGUUACCAAUAACAAUGGAAGCUUCUUCAGUGCACCAGAGGACUACUCAUUCUUCUUGAGUAACUCUGCCAACAAUCUGUCAAUGGCAUUCAAUGGCAACAACAUGUUUGGUCUUAGCUACCUUGGCAACAACACCACCAACGCUAUAACCAGCAAUGGUACCUGUUCAUCAAACAAUGACAUGUUGUUGAACAACAACAACUACAAUGACUACAACAACUUUCAACUCAACCAAGCAACUACAUCAAUCCCUCAGUAUGACUUCAACAACAACAACACUCAAUCAAAUGUAGUUCAAACACAACAAGUCGUCAGUCAAGUGUCCCAACCAAUGUCUGUUGAGCAGUCACACAUCUCCAUUGAGUACACUCAACCAAAUGAUAUCAUCAGUGGACAGAUGUACAACAUCGAUGGACAGCUGCACUGUCUGUCUGACUACAGCUCCCCAGCCGAUGUAAUCUUUACCUCGCCGGGUUCCUCGCACGUGCCAUCGUCGCCCAGCGACUCGUAUGCCAUCGCCUCCAACACUGCCGUCAACACGUCCACAACCACGACGACCACAUACGUUGCCUCGCCACCCGAGAGCUCAGCCAGCCAGUCGACUCCCAUGUCUGAGGAGCUCGACGACUCUUCUGAGGAGUCGGACAGUGAGGAGGCUGCCAAGCCUGCCCGUCCAUCCAAGAAGCGCAAGAACUCCUUCGACCCAGACCACAACUACGGACCAAUCCUUCCCAAGCACAUCCAGCUUGAGAUCUCCUCCAAGGAGUUUGAGGUCUAUCGCAAGAAGUUCUACAGUGGCAAGUUGUCCAAAGAGGUGUCCAACAACAUCAAGAACCAAGAGAGAAAAAUCAAGAACAGAGAGUCUGCUCAAAAGUCUAGAGAGAAGAAGUCCAAGAACAUGCAGGUGCUUGAGGACAAGCUCAUGGUUGAGAACAGCAAGAAGCAAGACCUUGAGAGCAAGCUGCAAGAGGCCAACAUCAAGAACUCAUACUUGAUGGAUGAGGUGCGCAACCUCAAGGAGCAGUUGGCAAGAGAGAGGGAGAGAAACGCCUCAUUGUCCUCCUCCUCGUCUUCACCAACUCUGUCCUUCUUUGAUGAGAACUCCAAGUCGUCAUUGAUGGGAUCGUUCUCCAGCCUGUUCUCGAUCGGCAACGGUAUCCCAACUGUUGCUGGCGGUCAGCGUCUGGCCUGCUUCUUCCUCCUCUUCCUCAUUGUCAUCUUCACCAGCUCCAGCGGAUUCCAGCCUCACAAUGCUGGCCACGCUGGCGUGUCUGGCGUGCAAGCCGCCUCCUACCCCUUCAGAAUGCCCCAGUACCUCAACAGAGGACUGCAGUCCUACCAGCAACCAACCGAAAGCCAGCUCAAGUUAAUGAACAGAUUGUUUGAUUCCCGUUUGAUUUCAGAUUGGAACGGACAUGCAAACAGCGACAUCACCAUCAGUUACACACCAAACGCCGCACCAAAGAUUCUCAAGAGAGUGUUGGAGAACAAGCAACAGCAUCUUCAAGCAAGAGCCGAGCUUCCAAAGCAGCAACCAAUCGAUGUCAACAACAACAAUAACAACAACAACAACAAUGUCAUCAAUAACAACAACAACAAUGGAGAGUUAAUCAAGAGACACCCAUCAAACACACCAACCAUCCAGAACAACUUUGUAGAGCAACGUUUCCACUCCACUCAACCAGAAAUCAAGGCUGAGAAGGAGAUGUGCGAUGCACCAGUGUUGCCCAACAACUCGUCUGUGAAGAUCUCGAUCCGUUCCAACUACAAGAUCACCUCGCCCGAUGGAAACAACAACCAUUCGAUGGACUCAUUCAACGAUCCCGAGGACCUGGUCAGCAGGAACGCCGACCCAUCCAACUUCAACUACCGCGAGCUCAAUGUUGACGUCGAGCUUUUGUUCCCCUCCAAGGAGUUUGAGAAUGGCUCCAACGACAUCUCCAAGCUGUUGCUCAACGCCGGCAGCAAUGGACAGCCACUCAGAAUCGUUGCCAAUGUGUUGGACAUGACUCCUACACCGGUGACCGCUGGUAAUAGCAACAACAACAACAACAACAACAACAACAACAGUAGCAACAAGGAUACGGCACCAAUGGACACAAUUGACAAGAUUCAAAACCUUGCCAGUUUGGACUAA